AUGUCUAUUAAUAGUGUUCAACAAUGUUCAAUUUGUUUCGUUAAUGUUAAUGGAAAUAAUGGAUAUAUACGUCAUAUUCGACAAGUACAUGUAAAUGAUCGUCAGUUUGGUACACCGUGUCCUCUAUGUCAUUCAAAAUUUGUUUUUACGAAUUUAAAUUCUUUUAUUACUCAUUUUCGUAAACAUAUGUUACAUGAUUCAUUUAACGAAGAACCUGCACCAUAUCUAUGUGUUAAUUAUGCUGCAGUUAAUCUUGAUACAAAUGAUGAUUUUGUGGACGAAUUAGUAGAGGGGUGCGUGGAUACAGAUACAACUUGUAUCCAAAUUUUAUACAUGUGGAUCUGA